AAAAUACCGACGCUUAUCUUUAUUGGCUCUUUCAGGAGUUCAGACAAAUUUGACGGGCAGCUCGCUUAUCGUGGAGAGCCUGCGCAGGGGAGAUGGGGGCCUCUCCUCCUCCGGGUCUGACGCGGGUCUUUCGCAAGAGAUUGUGCGUGGUCAGAAAGUAAUAGUAAUAAUAAUAAUAAUAGGACUUUCUGCCGUUUCCUUCAGCUGGGAACCCAGGGGCUGGUAGCUGGAAACGGGGUCAAACUGCUCCCUCCUGUCGCUGAAGCUGUAUUCUCCACUCCCCAACUCUCUCUCUCUCUCAGAGCAGAACCUCGAACGGGCACAGGGCCCUGGGCACACCAUGGCGGACGCAGACGAGGGCUUUGGCCUGGCGCACACGCCUUUGGAGCCUGACUCCAAAGACCUGUCCUGCGAUUCAAAACCGGAGACUACACUAGGGGUUCCCAGCAAGUCCCCGUCGUCUCCGCAGGCCGCCUUCACCCAGCAGGGCAUGGAAGGAAUCAAGGUGUUUCUCCACGAAAGAGAACUGUGGCUGAAAUUUCACGAAGUGGGCACAGAAAUGAUAAUAACGAAGGCUGGAAGGCGGAUGUUUCCCAGUUAUAAAGUCAAGGUGACUGGGCUUAAUCCCAAAACGAAGUAUAUCCUCCUCAUGGACAUUGUUCCUGCGGAUGACCACAGAUAUAAGUUUGCAGAUAAUAAAUGGUCUGUGACCGGCAAAGCAGAGCCUGCCAUGCCUGGCCGCCUCUAUGUGCACCCUGAUUCGCCAGCCACAGGGGCGCAUUGGAUGCGACAGCUCGUCUCGUUCCAGAAACUCAAGCUCACCAACAACCACCUGGACCCCUUUGGGCACAUUAUUCUAAAUUCCAUGCACAAAUACCAGCCCAGAUUACACAUCGUGAAAGCAGAUGAAAAUAAUGGAUUCGGUUCAAAAAAUACAGCGUUCUGCACCCACGUCUUCCCGGAGACGGCAUUUAUUGCGGUGACUUCCUAUCAGAAUCACAAGAUCACCCAAUUAAAGAUCGAGAACAAUCCCUUCGCCAAAGGAUUCCGGGGGAGUGACGACAUGGAGCUGCACAGAAUGUCCAGGAUGCAGAGUAAAGAAUACCCCGUGGUUCCCAGGAGCACCGUGAGGCAGAAAGUGGCCUCCAACCACAGUCCCUUCAGCAGCGAACCUCGAGCUCUCUCCACCUCGUCCAACUUAGGGUCCCAGUACCAGUGUGAGAAUGGGAUCUCUGGCCCCUCCCAGGACCUUCUGCCCCCACCCAACCCGUACCCGCUGCCCCAGGAGCACAGCCAAAUUUACCAUUGCACCAAGAGGAAAGAUGAGGAAUGCUCCACUGCAGACCACCCCUACAAGAAGCCCUACAUGGAGACACCCCCCAGCGAAGAGGACCCCUUCUACCGCCCCAGCUACCCGCAGCAGCAGGGCCUGAGCGCCUCCUACAGGACAGAGUCGGCCCAGCGACAGGCCUGCAUGUACGCCAGCUCCGCGCCGCCCAGCGAGCCCGUGCCCAGCCUGGAGGACAUCAGCUGCAACACGUGGCCCAGCAUGCCCUCCUACAGCAGCUGCACGGUCACCACGGUGCAGCCCAUGGACAGAAUCCCCUACCAGCAUUUCUCGGCUCACUUCACCUCGGGGCCCCUGGUCCCCAGGCUGGCCGGCAUGGCCAACCACGGCUCCCCGCAGCUCGGAGAGGGGAUGUUUCAGCACCAGACCUCCGUGGCCCACCAGCCUGUGGUCAGGCAGUGUGGGCCUCAGACUGGCCUCCAGUCCCCCGGCAGCCUGCAGCCCCCUGAGUUCCUGUACUCUCACGGGGUGCCCAGGACCCUGUCCCCCCAGCACUACCACUCCGUGCACGGGGUCGGCAUGGUGCCAGAGUGGAGCGAGAACAGCUGAAGCCGGGUGGCCCUGCCGCAGGCAUUUGCUGAGAGAGAGGAGAGGGGCGAGGGAGAGAGAUGGGGGCAAGGAGGACCCCCCCACGAGUUUUCCACUCUGCAUCUGCGCACUCGAGGCCCCCCGGCGCUGAUCUGAUCAAUAGCUUGCAAACCAACCACCAUCCAAAAAAAAAAAAAAAAAAAAA